CGAUGUCAGUGAAACACAAAGGAGAGAAGAAAACAAAGCCCGGAAGCCUCAGAUUCAGUCACAUCCAGAUCAGUUUGCUUUCCUUUUCCAAGACGGAUCUCUGUCCUGCGAUGAGAAAACACCACGCAUAGGUGAUGCUCAAGUCAGUGUGAUGCGCAUUUGUGUGUGAUCCAGCUUUUCCUGAGAGUUUUUCACGUGCGUAAAAUCUCGUCGCUGCGUCUCCGCGGUGCCGCGUCUUGAUGGACCGGAGUUGGCGCAGCGCGGCGGACCGUCCGGUGGGCGGUGUCUCGUCCGCAGAGGGGCUCCCGCCGCUGCCCAAAGGCCUGAUCGGCAUCCUAAACUCCAGCGGCGGGUCGUGGCGGGACAUCGAGAAGGUGCACAGCAAGAGAGCCCGAAUCCAGGCCGACAUCAGCCGAGGAGACGUGCAGAGGGGUCCCAGCAAACCGGGCGGGCUGGACGCUGCUCUGGCGCUGCUGCGGAAAGAGAUGGUCGGCCUGCGUCAGCUCGACAUGUCUCUGCUCUGCCAGCUGUGGUCUCUGCAUGAGGCCAUCCAGGACUACAAGGGCUCCUCGCUUCUGUCUGAGGCCUCGUUCCCCACUGAUAAUGGAUACUCUGAAGAGGAGGAGGAGGAGGAUGACGUAGAGGAGAAAGAUGAGGAGGAGACAAGAGCUCUCUCACAGCCUCCGUCGUCUUCGUCCUCGUCUCUGCCAUCACCCAGCAGCAACUCCAGGGACCAGUGGAUCAAAGACUCCUUUCAUAUUCCCUGAUAUAGAUACAGACUACAUGUACUGCAUUUCUUUAGGUCCCAUUUACAGUUGUUUUCAUACUAUCUCUUGUCCUGAUGUCCAGUUUCUAGUCUCAUUAGCAUUCAUUUUUUUCAAAACUUUAAAAUCAGUGCCUGUUUGAUAGAAAGACACUUCUUCACCCCAGAAUGACUUCAUCUGACAUUCCACAAUGCGGUUGUUUUCUGGACGAGACGUUUGUAACAUAAGCAUCUACAUAUGUGGCCUUUGAUUUUUCUUUUACAGGUUUUUCACGUGUAUGGUUCAAGUUUGAAUUCCGCUUCAGAUUAGGUGAAUUUUACCUACAUACAAGGUUAUAAGAGUGUGUUUUCUCCGUGUACACUUCACAAUUGAGGAUAAUGGAAAGUAGUAGGGGUUUCUGAUCUACACAGGGGUUCAGAACUUAAUGUAAAAUGUGUCUUGGGUGCUUAGAUGGUGACGGUUUAAUCCAGACUGUUGUUUUAUUGUCAGUUCACCACUGUGCAUUGCUGCUAAAACUAAAUGACACUGUGUAACUCCUGACGUCUCUUGUAUGUUGAGGCAGAAAUGAGGCCAACUUAAAGAGAAGAAAAUCAAGAGAAACAAGUAGGAUCAGAUGUUAUCAGCUGUAAUAUCGUCUACAUGCUACAACCUGCUGCUUGUUUGGGAUUUAAAAUGAGCUGGGGGGCAUACUGGAUUUUAUAAUUCCAGUACUUAGCUUUUUGUUUUUGAUCCAUCUGAUGGCAGUUUGUGGUUUCAUGAUGAUUCCUAAGUGUGUAGAUCAAUCUUUCCGUUCACUCAGUAUUUUUGUUUUGAAUUAAGAAUUCUGUCAAUUGAUAGGCUUUAUUCUUAGUGUUCUAUCAGCCCGGUCUGCACAUUUUUAUUACUCGAAAAAGAAAUUAUUUGAAAAUGACAUGUUUUUCUGUUAAAUCUUACAGGACAAGAAUUUUUAAUUUUCCGCUGAUCUAUAGUUCCAUACAACUGAUUUAGGAACUUUUAGGCACACAUUGAGAUUCUUAGCUAUCACACAGUGUCCUCAGGUUUAGCACAAUAGUGUAUUUAUUCAUUUAUUAAAAACAUGUCAUUUUUUGCAGCCUUUCUGGAAAUCUGAGUUUUUAGUUGUAUAGAAAAUUGUAUGACUAUAAUAUUUUGUAUUCACUGUUGUAAUACUUGGCUUCCUCUUUAGGCUGCAGUCAUAACAAAACUGAGAAAGGAUGUCAAAUUAUAGGAAAUGAUCCCUUUCUGUCAGUGUUAACGGUUCAUCCUAAAUAGAUUCUGCUUUUCAUUCUCUUCUGAAGUUUUGAAUCCGCACGAAUAAAUCUUUCAUUAACUCCCAUUUCAGUAUUUUAGCUACAGCAGCUUGCUUUUUUUCUAAUUAUUAUUCCGUAUUAUUCUAGUCAUUUAAUUCAUUUUAUCACAUUUCUAACACCACAGUGCUUUAAACAUAGCAUUUAGAACUGCACAAGUUCGACUAUCAAACUCUGUUCCAACAGCUCAAGUUAAACAGUCCCUCUAGUGAAAACAGUCUUGAAUCAAAUCACUUGUCAAACAGUUUUCUGUGCAGCCAAAUCAUUUAGAAAAGCCGGUGAGUGACUCUUUUGUACUUAAAUCUUAAAAUAAAACCACAGUGUUAACCACA